AUGUUGGCGGUGUUACAGGCUCUAAGGACUUUCCUGCCCAAUCUCCAAGGCCAUCACGUCCUGGUUCGUUCCGACAACACAGCAGUGGGGGCCUAUGUGAACCACCAGGACGACCAGGUCCAGGAGGAGCUGGGCAGGGUGGUAGGAAGCCGUCAGGUCCGGGUAGAUGACCGGAAAAACCUGCCGUACACUGAUGCUGUUAUCCAUGAGACACAGAGACUGGCUAACAUUGUUCCUGUGGCUCUUCCACAUAAAACCAGCUGUGAUGUCACCUUCCAGGGCUACUUUAUCAAAAAGGGGACUACUGUGUUUCCUCUACUUACUUCUGUUCUGUAUGAUGAGAGCGAAUGGGAGAGCCCACAUACUUUCAACCCUUCCCACUUCCUGGAUAAGGAGGGUAAAUUUGUCAGGAGAAACGCCUUCAUGCCCUUUUCUGCAGGUCACAGGGUGUGUCUCGGAGAAAGUCUGGCUAAGAUGGAGCUCUUCCUCUUGUUCACCUCUCUCCUGCAGCGCUUUCGUUUCACUCCUCCACCUGGAGUCACAGAGGACAAACUGGAUCUGACACCAGCAGUGGGCUUCACCCUCAACCCGUCAGCUCAUGAGCUGUGUGCUGUCAGUCGCCAAUGAGGAAGAGAGCUGGAGCAUGGCAUUAUAACUCCCUCCGCCAGGCACAAAUAUUACUCUGAAAUGGUCUUGGGAAAAAUGACUAGCCUAAAUGUUUUUUAUAAUUAGCAACACGUUAAUUGAAAUUAUUUGUAGGGAAUUAAGGUUUAUGUGUGUUUUCGUAUAACAAGACUGCUACAUUAACCUAUAUAUUCCUUCUUCUCGGCCACUGUGGAUUCUUUGUACAUAGUCUGUAGUAAUUAGUCAUUAGAGCCCAACUGAUAUGGGUUUUUGGGGGCCGAUGCCAAUGCCUAUAUUAAAGUGAAAAAGAGCUAAUUUAUGAGCCGAUAUUAAGAGUUUUAAAAUGAUUUGGAUAGUAGAUCCCUUUCCUGUCUCCCCGUGUCCGAAUGGGUUCUCAAAGGCUAGGUUAAUUGGUGUCUCUAAAAUUGUCCUUAGGUGUGAUUGUGAGCUGGGAUUAGCUCCAGACCCCCGUGACCCUGUACGCAGGAUAAGCGGUUGACAAUGGAUGGAUGGACAUUUCCCUCACUCUGGAACAGGUUGAUCUUUUUCCAUUGCUUACAUCCAGGAAAGUUGACCAGCUCAUUUGCCAUCCCCACUUUUAUUAAUGGGUUCUUGCUUCUUAUACACCAAAUAGUUUCUUUUGACAGACCAAACAUUUUGCCCAUGUCUAUGAUCCAAUGUUUUAAUCCUUAAGAUGUAUUUUACUCUUAUUGACUAUUUGUACCUAUUUAUAUGCAUAUAAAGCGGGAAAGUGAGAUCCGCGCACAAGUUGUCUCUCGAGACCAAGCGGGAACCUCCAGUUCAGGAAAGUGAAGCCAACGCAGAGUGCCUUAAACAGGCAUUCUUUCUAGUAGCCAGCAGGAUGUGGCUCAACAUGUUAAUUCCUUUUUAUAUACAAUCUUUGCUUAAUGCCACGUAUAAACAGCCUCAAUAAUGCAAUUAGAGCCUGCUCCUGUCCAGGUUUGGCUGAAAACAACUUCAAGGCUUGAGGUGGAACAUCUGGCUAAGGACAACAACCUGGUCCUUAAAACCUCGAUGACAAAGUAGAUUGGUUAUUGACUUCAAGAGAACAAAGAGUCCACCCCACCACAUUCAAUGAGAACCGAGGCAAAUGGAGUUAUCACCCCCUCAAGCAGACGGCCUGACUCCAAGCUGAAACACCCCAAAAGAGGAGGGGUAUUGCGCUAUGGUAGCAUUUUUCGGCAAGGCAGCAUAGAUCGUCAGAACACAAAAGUUCAAGGUUUAGUCCUAAAAGACGAUGCAACUCCGACUCUGUUUGGUGCUGGAAAUUCACAAUCACAACCUGUAGGUACACUUUAUUGGUUGUGAAUUAUAUUUAAAAUAAACACAGCAAUGUAACUUCACAGACUGUUCAAGUGCGGGGGUUGUUGUAAACGUUGGCUAACACAUAUAACAUUAUAACUAUAAUGCAAAACGUUACACCUGAUGUGAAAGC